AGGGGAGAGGAGGGCAAUAACUCAUUAGCAGAAGCUCUGUAUAUUAUGUGCAUUCUGCUAUUUGCCACAUGUUUACAAGGGAAUUUCUUCAGAGUGCAAAGAAACCCGUGAACUGCUGGAAUAAGUCUUUCCUUGAGAUGUCAGCCAAGAGCUUCAGGAUAGUCACAGUGGCUACUGUGCUUACUUUCUUCCAAAAGAUACAGCUCUCAGUGCAAGCACCGUUGAAUGUGUCAAAAUGGUCUUAUUUUGGUCCUGAUGGAGAGAAGGCCUGGCCAAAGAAAUACCCAUUUUGUGGAGGAGUAUUCCAAUCACCAAUUGAUUUCCACAAAACUAUUCUCCAGUAUGAUUCUAAUCUCUUGCCUUUAGAAUUCAUAGGCUAUAACGUGCCCUCCACUGACAAGUUUACAUUGAUCAAUAAUGGCCAUUCAGUGAAAAUGUAUCUGUCACCUGCUAUGUCCAUCAGAAACCUCCCAUUUGAAUACACCGCAUCUCAACUUCACCUGCACUGGGGAAACCAAAACAAGUCCGAAGGCUCUGAGCACACCGUUGGUGGGAAGCAUUUUGCAGCAGAGUUGCAUAUUGUACAUUACAACUCUGAGAAAUACCCAGAUAUAACAGCAGCAAUGGACAAAGCAGAUGGACUGGCUGUUUUGGCUGUUCUCCUUGAGAUUGGACCCUUCAGCCCAUCCUACGAAAAGAUCUUCAGGCACUUCCAGAAUGUGAAAUACAAGGAUCAGAAGGUCCUGGUCCCUGGAUUCAAUAUUCAAGAACUGCUUCCUGACAGACUGGAUGAGUAUUAUCGCUACAAAGGAUCCCUGACCACUCCUCCCUGCUACCCAAGCGUUCUCUGGACGGUUUUCCGACACCCUGUAAAAAUUUCUCAAGACCAGUUACUGGCACUGGAAACAGCCAUGUAUUGCACACAAAGUGAUGACCCAGAACCCCUGGAAAUGGUUGAUAACUUCAGAAAUGUUCAGGAAUUCCAUGAAAGACUGGUUUUUAUCUCCUUCCAUGAAGGUUUUGUGGUAUCUGUUGGGAUAGUCUGCAUUCUGGGAGUUCUCAUCAUUCUUGCAGUAGCGUUCUGGUUGCUAAAGAAGAAAAGCUGCAAAAAGGGAGACGGAGACAACAGAGGAGUCAUCUAGAAAUCAGGCAUGUACAAGGAGAAAGAAGACAUCUCCAAAAUUUGA